AUGUCAGCACUUCACGGUGCCAAGAAACGCGGCCGACCCGACGAUCCAGAACUGGUCACCCGGCGGCAGAACCAACUGCUGGAAGUGGCCGGACACGCCUUUGCCGAGCACGGCUACGCCAACACCGAUGUGCAGUUGGUGGCCGACAUGGCCGGUGUGGGCAAGGGAACGGUUUAUCGUUACUUCGAAAACAAGGAGGCCCUGUUCUUGGCAGCCGUGGACGAUGCCAUGGGGCGACUGAACGAGUCGCUGCUGUCGAUCGCCCAACUCACGAGCGAUCCGCUGGAGAUCAUGGCGCUGGCCAUUCACGGCUACCUUCGCUUCUUCGAUGAACACCCGCACUGCGUCGAACUACUGAUUCAAGAACGGGCAUUCUUCCGUGAGCGUACCAAGCCGACGUAUUACCAACACAUGGAAGCCAACAUCGGCCCCUGGCGGUUAAUGCUGCAAAGCCUGAUCGAUGACUCACGGGUGCGCAAUCUCCCGGUCGACCGAAUGACGGCCGUGAUCAGCGACAUGCUCUACGGCACCAUGUUCACCAACUAUUUCGCGCGUCGUGAAAUCUCGCUGCAGGAUCAGUUUCGCGACAUUCUGGAUAUCACGAUCCGUGGUGUGUUUACCGACACCGAGGCCACUUCUUGGAACGAAGAGCGGAUUGAUCGUUGGGCGGAAGAAAGUUCGAAUGCGAAGCAGCCCCCGCGUUACCUUUCGGCGAUGGAUGUUGACGGGAAUGUCUGCCGGAUCACGCAGCGGGACGAUAAUCGGCACGUGGUGCUCGUGUUCAUGACCGACGAGUGCCCUCUGUCGCGUCAGUAUGUGCCCGAACUCAACCGGAUUGCGGCCGACGCUCCAGCAGAAAAGGUGGCGUUCUACGGGGUGAUUUCCGAUCGCUCGACCACCCGCGCGAAGGCCAAAGCGUUUUGCGACGAGUUCAAUAUCGAGUUCGAUGUGGUGUUCGACGCCUCAGGCGAAAUCGCAGCCGCGCUGCAGCCAACCCGCGUUCCAGAAGCGUUCGUGCUCAGUCCCCAGCGAGAAGUUCUCUACCGGGGCCGGAUCAACGACCUGUAUGCCGAAGUGAACAAGAAACGCACGGCCGCCCGGCAGCACGACUUGAGGGAUGCAAUCGCUGCCGUGGUGGCCGGCAACAAGCCGGAGAUCGCUCAGACCGUAGCGGUGGGUUGCCUGUUUGAGAACAGCGAACCGAGCGAAGUCACCUACACGCGGGAUAUCGCACCAAUUCUGUACGCCGAGUGUGCAGAAUGUCAUCGACCUGGCGAAGUGGCCCCCUUCUCCCUGCUUACUUACGACGACGCCAACAAACGGGCCGAAUGGCUCGCCGAGGUGGCAGACAAGCGGCUGAUGCCACCCUGGAAGGCCGAGCCUAAUCAUGGGCGGUUCUUGGGUGAACGUCGCUUGACCGAUGCGCAAAUCGAGUUGUUCGAUGCUUGGGCCGCAGCCGGUGCCCCCGAGGGCGAUGCGGCCGAUCUGCCGCCGCUGCCGGAGUUUGCCUCGGGCUGGCGAUUGGGCGAGCCGGACCUUGUGCUAACGGCCCCCACCACCGUGACGGUCCCCGCCGACGGUGAGGAUGUGUUCCAACAUUGGAUCAUCCCGAUCGAUAUCCCCGAAGACAAGAUGAUGGUCGGCUACGAGUUCCACCCAGGCAAUCCGGCCGUGGUGCAUCACGCCGUGCUGUUGAUGGACACGAUGGGAGCCGGCCGCGCCAAAGACAAAGAAACACCCGAGCCUGGCUACACAACGUUUGGUUCGAUCGGCAUUCCGGUCGGCGGCGUGCUCGGUGUGUGGACCCCCGGGAUGACCCCACGGUUCUUACCCGAGGAAACCGGGUUCGAGAUCCCCGCCGGAGCCGACCUGGUGAUGCAAUUGCACUUGCACCCCAGCGGUAAGCAGGAAGACGAUCAAUCUUCGGUCGGUCUCUACUUCGCCGACAAGCCGCCACAAAAGAAGAUCGCCCGCGCCCCGCUGGUCACCGGCACCAUCGUCAUCGACAUCCCGCCGGGUGAAGACCGUUACAAAAUCACCUCGUCGAUCGACAUCCCGACCGACAUCACGCUGGUGUCGCUGCUACCGCACAUGCACUUGAUUGGUCGCGAGAUGAAGCUGACCGCCACCUUGCCCGAUGGCAGCGUAGAACCGUUGAUGUGGAUUCGCGACUGGAACUUCUACUGGCAAGACAAUUACGUGUACCGCGACCCGGUGAAGCUACCCAAGGGCACCCGGCUGGACAUUGUGAGCUACUACGACAACUCGGCCGAGAAUCCCUUCAACCCCAGCGCCCCGCCCCAACGGGUGCUGUUCGGAAACGGCAGCACCGACGAGAUGUGCUUCGGGCUGUUCCAGGUGAUUGUAGAAGAAGAUCAGGAGAUCGCCCUGCAACGCGCGCUGAUCGGCAAGUUCUUCUCCCAGUUCAACAGCCCCGACAUCGCCCCCGACGCCCGCAGCCACAUCGUCGAAGAAGCCGGCAAGCUGUUCGGCGGAAACCAGGCCCAAGUUCUCCGGCUAUUCAACCCGGCAGGUGGAGAUUAA